CUCUAUGUGGCCGGCGCCCCAUGCGUAAGCGUCUUUCAGCCCCAGAGUUGCAACUGGAUCUGAAUGAAGGGCCUGGAGGUAGUGGAGCUUCUUCCACCCAUUCUGCACCUUCUUCUCCUGGUGGCAGUUCUGACCUGGACGUAGACGAACUGGAGACCCCUUCAGACUCUGAGCAGCUGGACAGUGGACAUGAGUUUGAAUGGGAAGAUGAACUGCCCCGGGCAGAGGGUCCAGGACCCAGUGAGGCAGCUGAAAGGCUGGGUCGGGGUUGUGUGUGGGAUGUGGCUGGAGAAGAUGGUCGUCACUGGAAGGUAUUUCGAACAGGACAGCAGGAGCAGCGAGUGGACAUGACUGUCAUCGAACCCUAUAAGAAAGUCCUAUCUCAUGGAGGUUACCAUGGUGAUGGUCUCAAUGCUGUCAUCCUCUUUGCUUCCUGUUACCUGCCCAGAAGCAGCAUCCCCAACUACACCUAUGUCAUGGAACACUUGUUUAGGUAUAUAGUGGGAACUCUGGAGGUGCUAGUAGCUGAAAAUUAUCUACUUGUUCACUUGAGUGGAGGCACAAGUAGGGCCCAAGUUCCACCUCUGAGCUGGAUACGCCAGUGUUACCGAACCCUGGAUCGACGGCUCCGGAAAAAUCUGCGAGCCCUAGUGGUUGUCCAUGCUACGUGGUACAUGAAGGCAUUUCUGGCGCUGCUUCGGCCUUUCAUCAGUUCCAAAUUCACACGAAAGAUACGGUUUCUGGACAGCCUGGGGGAGCUGGCUCAACUCAUCUCUCUGGAUCAGGUCCACAUCCCCGAAGUUGUCAGACAGUGAGUCCUGAGCUUAAGGAUGAAGGUUUGGGGUGGGAUGUAUAAAGCCAGUCCUCACUUUCUAAAUGCUUUAGGGGAGAUACAAAAGAAGACUGCACACACACAGAGAAGACAUUAAAGACUACUGCAUCUAAAAAGAACAAAUUAAAAAACUAUACACCUAAGUGCUGAGGCAUCAAGGAAUAAAGGCGCGAUCAUAACACAGGAGUUAGAGGAGAUUCAGGCCAGUCUUGGAAGGGAUAUGUUGGCGGUGAAUAGGAAAGUGUAUUUGGUGGAGGAGGCGUGUUAGGGAGCAAAGGAUCCUAAGUGAUGACUCAAGCAUCCAGUCUUCUAAGCUCUUCCAACUCACCAGUGAGUAAGACCCAGGCCAUUCUGCCCCAGUACUUUCUCCCUCUCUCUUAGGCUGGACCAAGAUCUGCAUGGCUCAGGAGGGACCUUGCACAGGACUGGAUAAAGGGCCUUAGAACCAGGCAGAAAUAUUGAUCUGCCCACCCCUGAAACAUCUGAGCUGUUUUGUAAAUCAUCUCACCCUCAAUAUCAGUGCCACCAGAUCUUCACAUCUUCGUGGGGUGUCAUACCUUCCGUGACCCUACUUAUGGCAGGGCUUUGAGGUCUGGAACCUCACCUGCUUGGGUGACUUUCGUGUCAGCUGGCUGUAGCAUAGUGAGUGUAGUGACAAAGGCAUUUUGGGAAAGUGGAGCUCUGGAUUUUGGUCCUGCUUUAGAAAAAAAAAAAAAAUUUUUUUUUUUUUAGUUGGGUUUUAGUUGUUGAAACUUGGGCAAAUAAUUUCAUCUCUUUGGGUCGUCUUUUCCUCCUGUAAAUGAAGGGGCUGAGAUCCUUUCCACCUUGACAACUGUAGCAGGCAGUGAGGUGAGAGGUGGGCGGGAAGAGCAGGGCUUAGCUGACCACAGCCAGCCAGCCUGCACCCUGUGGCAGGAAACAGCUCAGUACUCAGCCCCCAGCAACGCUCACUAAAUCUUGAAGAACUGCUGUAUUGCCACCUGGGAGCGUGGAAAGGCGUGCUUUCAAACCUGUAUUUUUGCCCUCUUUAGUAAAUUCAAAUAUUGAGCGUUUUAAUAAACUGCGAUGGGACGUUUGAUUUGGGCGUCGAGGAAGUAAAGGACUCUUUCCCCAGCCCCUUACACCAGAAUCCGUUACCACGGUCCGUUUCUGGCUCUGGCACCUGAAUUUUGCUGCAGAGGUUCCCUAGGAUUUUUAGCUCAGGCCAGGGUCUGCGGAGCGCCCGCGGGGAGGGCCGUGGGGGAGGGGCAUACCGCGCGCGAACAAGGCCCCCCCCCCCCCCG